AUGUCGAUGACCGGAAGUUUAAUUUCUUAUGAAAAUCAUAACGAUGGUGGUAGUAGUAACAGUAGUGGGAAUCGUGGAAAGAUAAAACCGAAAGUAACCAUCACGCCGACUGGAAAAAAUUACAUCAAUAAUAAUAAUAAUAGAGGAAGAAGGAAAUCGUUACGUAAAAAUACCUGUAUGAAACCACACGUGAAUUGCCUUUGGUCAGUUUGGUACGGCCUUGUCUUGACAACCUUUCAAGCUUAUUUGGCAGCACAAUGUGCCAAAAGGUUUUUAGGCUAUUCCUCGUUGCCUUGGACCGUUCAACCUCCGCCACGAUUAGAAUCGAACGCUUAUUUAGCUUUUAUGUGCGUUUCCGUCGUUGUUUUGCCAUUUUUUUUAAUUUCCGCCAUAUUUAAAAUAGGAAAUUUAGCCAACGACGGUUUUAAAUUGGGUAGAAAUUUAAGCACUUGCACGGCGGAUCCGCCCAGCGUUCUUUUAGGUUCGAGUGAUAAUCAGGGAGUUUUUCGUAGUCUUUGGCAACACGGAGGACCGACAGCGCCGUUUUUACACUUGACUUCCGGUUUUUGUCUUCUAAUGGCAAAAUUAAUAAUGGAAGCUCGAUUAAUACACUCAGGGUUUCUUCCAAAAGAUUUCAUAUGGAAAACGGAUUUAGAUUUUAUGGGUGCUCAUAGAGAUCGUCUCGUUGUAUUGAGUUUUAUGACUCCACCGCCUUCUUUACCAAACUCAACUUAUUUACCGACGGCUCGUCCGUUACAAAUGAAUUCGAUCGAUGAUACCGAUGAUUUAAAUUCUCCAUCAAUCAACAAAGAUUUGAAAGAUAUGAUCGUUUCAUCUUUCGGAGAUAAUACCGUAAAAAAAAAAAAAAAUGAAGGAAGUAAAAAAAGGAAUGAAAAAAAAAAUGUCUUGAAAAUCAGAAUAGCAAGAAAUACAGUACUAUUCGGGUCUCUUAUCGUUUUUUCUUUCCCCUCUCCUUUUUCUUCCUUCGCCACGUCUACCAACUUUAUUAUUUUUUCCACCACCACCACCACCCUUCCCGAAAAGUUUCCCUUUUCUACUUUUUUUUUUUUUUUUUUCCUUUCAAAAUGCCCUCGUCGUUCGUUAUGUCGUAUAAAUAAUACCAGACCGGGAGUUUUUAUUAAUCCAUCUUUUGUAAUGACGACGACGACGACGACGACGAUGACAAUAAUUAUGAUGAUGAUGAUGAUGAUGAUAACGUUUAUUAUUUGUUUUUUAGUUUUAGGAACGAUUUCAUUGGAAUUUAUAAAUUACGGUUUAGCACUUUUAGUAUAUGCCGUUCGUUAUCCAUCCGUGUUCUGGAACACGAACAAAUGGUUCGGUACUCUUUUCUCAUUUCAACUCAUUGGAAACAUGUUACAAAAUCUUUUAUCAUUUUCCGGAAUGUCCAUUCUUUAUAAAAUACAAAUGGUCGGAAUACACGAAACGUUGCCAUUUUUGAAAAAAACAACAGAGUCGCCAUUUCUUCUAGACGGUUAUUUCACUCUCGGUUUAUUCACUCUCUCAUCACUUUUGGUCCUUUCAUCCAGUCUCGUCUUAUACUUAUACGGUUACGGAAGGUUCAACGCAUUUUUAAAUACGGAAAGAGAGAGAAAGGUUAUAGUUUUUAGAGAAAGGAAAAGUAGCGGUUGGGGUUAUUUCACUCAUUGUGCAGCUUUGUCAGUUUUAAUUGCUUUAGGGGUUUGUCAUGCCCCCCUACUUCACGAUUACACGGUCGUGUACAGGAGCAGUUUGGACGGUACGAUAUUAGCAUGCGUUAUAGCCGCCAUAUUGCAUCUUUUCCUAUGGGUAUUAACGUGGUUAAUAUUGACAAUUAAACAAAAUUGGAUUUUCCAAUUGAGAGUCACUGUGGGAAGAGCAGCCGUACGUUCGGCGAGAUCCGUUAAACUCGUAACGGAUGUGGAUUUGAUAUCGUCGACAAAUCCUGGGGAUGAAAUUACGUCACCAUUGUUGGUCGUCGGGGGUGGGAGAACGUUUACCGUUUCCGAAUCAUCACCUAAGAAAACAAUCAUAAACGCCAUUAAAAAAUCCGCCAUCGAAAGAAAAGCUAAAUUGAACGCUCAAGGAAAUCAAGAUGGCGGAGAUGACGAUACUGAAAUUUAUUGGUUGAGACCGAAACCUCGUUCUCCAAGAUGUUCUCCAUCAGAUUCUGAUAGAAUGAAUUGGUUCAGUAAAAAAUUAAAUUCUAGUCAAAAGCAUAAAGUUACAUUCGACGACACGAUCAUGAGGGGAUCUUUGGGGGAUUGCAAAGAUAGGAUGAAAAAUCGAUUGGAUAAUACGAACGGUGGAAUCAUAUGCGAAGACGAUGGCGAUUAUGCAACAUUGAGAGUCGGUCCAUCGAAUAUGAAAAUAAGGGCGGAUGAUAACAUUUCGGAGGAUAACAAGUUGCUGGAACACGUACUUCGAGAUGAUAACGUGACAUUUGCAAGGAGUAGAGAAUUGCAACCGGAUUACGAAGAUCCCAGCCCGUUGUUAACGCCUGAGCCUAACGAAUUACCUCUGCCCCCACCACCACCACCGGAUCUUAAUCAAUCGGCAACCAUAACUACUGCCAGUAUUACUCCUAAAUGUUUAAGACGAGCGGAUUCGGGUAUGCCACACGAAGAACUGACACCUCGUUCGAGUUCGGUAUCGUCGGGAUCACAAUCAGGGUCUGGCGGAUCACCUCCGGGCGUUCAAAAUAGCGAAUCAUCGAGCGGCGUACAUUCGAACGCAAGUUCGAGAAGGGCGACGAGCGUGGACGAUUUGACGGCACAUCAAGAACCCAGACAAGUCCAAUGGAAAAGUUGUUCAUUGCAAAGAAACAUAUUACCACCGAACGCUCCUGGUUCUCAAGCCAUGUACAAUUUCGGUCCGAAUCCGACGGAACAGGUAAAACAAUAUGGAAGGUUUAUAAAAAAAUUGAAUUCGUUUAUUAAUAAUGACGAUAAACAGGUCGUUCAACCGCCGUCGGUCACAUCAAGUGUCGUACCAGCCGUGAUAUUAGAAAAUCCAGAAGACACGGUCGUUAUACGUAGGAAAAACACGAGACCUUUAACGGCAGAUUUAUCGAGGCCACCGGAAUUGAAAGAAGAACCUUUCGGAAGAUCGACGAACAUGAGAAUGACGUCAUUCGUAACGGACGAAGGAGGUUCGGCGACACUUCCUCAUUUUCCCACCCAAGUACCUCCUCCACCUGUGAUUUAUCCGUGCAAUACAAUGCCUUUACCCUGUCCUCCGGCUCCACCCGUAAUACCCGUACAACCCAUGAUGAAUUUUCCGAGGCCUCACACUACCAUACCCAUACAUCACAACGGAGUGAGAUUAUUUCCAUCUCCCUACGGUAAAAAACUUCAAUACACGGGAAUUCCGAGACUUCCUAACAUGCACAAUAGAGAUUCGGCAAAUUUUUCAAUGGCGUCAAGCGGCGGGGAUUCCGAUUCCCAGCACAAUACCUGA